AUGUCGCUCUCCCAACCGACGCCCCCCCUCCUCCUGACGAAACGCCUGACGGCCUUCCUCGCCUCCAACCUCAACGCCCACCUGCACACGGCCCUCCUCGCGACCCCCUCCGGCCGCCUCCUCGCCCACGCCUCGCCGGACCCCGUAUCCCUCCUGCGCACGCAGUCCACCGUCGCCUCCUCCCUCUUCGCCCUGCACGCCUCCACGGCCCCCGACAUCCCCGACGCGCUGCCAAACUCGUCGUCGUCGUCCCCGCCGCCGCCCCUGGCCUCCGCGGCAGAAGGCGCCGGCAAGCCGCUGACCAUCACGGUCCAGCUCGCCGCCGGCGUCGUCGUCAUCCGCCGCCUCAAGUGCGGCCUGCUCUUCGUCUGCAUCGGGCCCCUCGCCGAGACACUGGACUCCCACGCCCCCGAGCCGCACCACCACCACCACCACCACCACCACCCCAACGGCGGCUCCGGCGGCGCGACCCCGUCCCAGAUGCCCGCCUCCCCCUCCGAGGCCGACAGCGUCCUCAGCGUCGGCGCGCAGACGACGGCGAGCCUCGCGAGCGUCGGCAGCGUCAACACGGCCGGCGUCGUCGUCCUGCGCCGCCACGCCGAGGACCUGGCGCGCUGGCUCGACGACAAGCUCGGCAGCCUGCGCGUCCCGGAGGAGGGCGUCGGCGUCGAAUAG